GAGUGCUUGAUGCCUUUCCUUUAGUUUCCUUUCGACGACAAACAAUAAGGAUCAUUCAAAGCAGCCAGCUAGUGAAUCUCAUCGACAUCCUGAGUAUUUGACGCUUUCCAAAUAUUGCACCUUAUCUCCGAUAACUCCAGCAGCUUCGAUACAAGAUGGUUCGUUGUUCGCGUGGCGGUAUGUGACCUCCUGCCUUUUCUUCGCAACAUAUAUCUAUGUCUACGUCUCAAAAUAUAUAUUCUCUCUAGGAUAUUUAUGUGUACAUCGCUUCGACGUGGAGGUGAUACGCUCGAUUUCCCAUAUAUACUUCGACGCAUGAAUAGACUGAUCGAGUUUCCGCGAACCUUGCUUCCCCCUCCCGAUGAUUGUUCCUCUAACUCACUCAAAAUCAUUCCCAUCUUCGGACGUUCUAGUUGUGCUGUCCCACUUAUAACUUUGGGCUCAACUCAUAUAACAUGAUUCGGAUUAGAUUGAUAUAUUACACUUAUGGUCACAUUUCUGGCGGGGAACAGCACUAUCAACCAGGAUUGACAGGUUGACGUACUACAUGGAACUAUGACACUCUUCCCUUGAACGUUGUUAUCCCAUGACCACCUCAUGUUCUAUCGGACACGCCACCGCUGGACUUUCUGUUCUGUUCCAUGCCUCAACUCUUCGAAAGACAUCAUGCUCCCAUGAGCAGCAGAUAAGGUGCCCAAACUCACGUCUAAGUUCCUUGUUUGAGCCCGCUGUGAAUCGUGCUCAACGAUGGCGGCCCAACCCAAUGUCUGUAUUCCCAUGAAAUUGGAGGCCUUCCGCUUGAACGCAGCAGCGUGCAAUGGUCCAUCUCGUUUGGCUCCGAUAUCCCAACCCGAGUAUGCCCAUCUUCGUCUCAACGAGCUCUUAACGCACGACGUUCAAGUCGAUGUCGACCUUCACAACACCAAUCGUGGCCCCGCAUUCAGCGACCGGGUUACAGAUUUAUCGACAGGGGAACUCAAAAGGAACAGGCUUGGUGUCUACAUUCGUUGGCUCAUCCCGCGUUUUUACAGAACCGGUCUCUCUUUCACGCAGUCUUCUGAGCAGGACGCUCCAGAUCUGAGAAACAAGCGUGGAUACAAGUCAGUAGACGACGCUGAGGGUGUCGUCGAUCCCCAAUCCCCCACCUAUCGCCCACUCCCGACUCGAUGGGUCAUUAUACGCCAUCUCCUCACCAAGGAACCACCUGAAGCCAACAUACCUGAUUUUCAAGCAUUCGUCAUCGAGUCCGAUCGUCUGAGGAAAAUGGAAGACCUCGGGUCUGAGGUCGAUAUUCAGGUUGAUGUGUCCCCUUUUGUCUACAUGGAUAGAGAUCGCGACACCCUUGACUACCAAGCUGAGACUUUCAUCGGUUUCAAGCAGCCGCUUGAAGAUUGGACCGAGAGUAUGUCUGACCGGAACAUCCUCAGAGUCCCACUCUCGGUCUUAACCAGCACCAAUCCCCUCUUCACCGACUAUCAACCUCAUAAUACCAACGUCCUCUCGAUGGUGGAUAAUUUUGCCUACGAAGACGGUAACGGUGAGACAGCCUAUCUGCAGAAUGCUACAGCAAAUUACUACGUUAUGGGGUGGCAUCCUGAUGCGUGCGAUGAUCCCUUCCAUCUCUCCGACCAACAAGCGCCAUAUCCUUCCCAUGCGGAUCGUAUCGAUGCCUGCUUCAUGCAACUGUUUGGCACCUCAGCCGUCACGGAUGAGUGGAUGAAGACUUCUUUGUCCCCAGAUGAGCCGACCAGGGCAAUCACACACGGCGCACUCUACGGCAUCGAGUGGGAUCUGAAUGAGAAACCUGCGAGCGUGCCAGCAGAUGCCAUUGCCAAAUCAUAUGACGACUGCUCUCCGGUUUCCGUUGGGCUCAACCCAAUUGAUGCUUUGCUUGCGGUCACUCAUACUCGCGCUCUCUCUAUCGACAAAGAGAAAGCUGAACGAGGCUCCGACGAAGAUGCGAAGCCUGAUCCUCUUGCUCAAGAUCUACUCUCCCUACAAACUUUAGUGAUCAAGCAGCAGGAGGAUCCGGACUCUCAAUUGCAGGGCGCAGACCAGCUUUCCACUGGCUUCUUUGUUCCCGCGGAGAGCGGGCUGCGUUGGCACGUCUCCGGAGCAGUGACUAGCACCGACGACAAGAGGCCUACCGUGCCCAGUGCUCAGGAGUUGAGUGACCUUGAUACGGUGAAUGCCUAUCAGAUGGCGCUCGACCUCUGCACACGCGAGAUGAAGUGGUUGCAAUGGCAAAUUUGGGCGGAGUGGUGGAAAUGGGUCAGUUCCCAUCGUCGACAUACUGACGAAGAAAAGAGAGCGAUAAACGAUAAAGUCAACGAGAUGGUUAACCGCUAUACCUUGCUUGACAUCGAGAUACAGGGAUGGAAGCGAAGAAUGCAAGAGAUCGUUCAGGAAUAUAACUGGGAAACGAUCACUGCUCCUAGGUAUUAUAGCACUAGGGACCCGACGAUGUUGCUCUGUGGCAUGAAGAGCGGUUGGCCGACGGACUUUGGUGACCUCCUAAAGGUCCGACUUGAUUCUCAGAUCGUCGCAGUUAAUGAUAUCUAUGAUGCUAAUCCCGAUGGGUGGGAGAUCAUCGACCGUUCCCUCUCGGCGAUCUCGCAGAAACUGCCUACUGCUUUCUGUGAUACCGCCAAAGCAUUGUUGACGGAAUUCUAUAUUCUUCGUCCAGUCCCUGCUGAUACGCCACAUCUCCGCCCAAACCCUGAUAGUAAGCUACUCUAUCCUUUGUAUCACGACCAGGAUCCGUCUGUAGACUCUGAUUCAGGAAGUCAGCCUGUUUGGAGGGAUCGGUGGAACGGCACACAAGCCUGGUUCCCACUCUUCGCCGAAUGGGAGAUGGAGUACUUCCACAUCGAUGCGGAUAAUUGGGUCCUUGCGCCACGCAAACCAUAUGGCCCACCCAAGUUAACCGCCAACAUCAAGGACGGGGUCGAUGUCGCGGGCGUCACUAACAGACAGACAAUCACUGGGCGGUCGCUUGCACUUCCUCAGACCACGGCAAUGCUCAAGAACACUGUGGAGCAGCUAGUGAAGAACAAAUCCACGCAGCCUGAAGAUAUGGACGCCAUUCAUGCUGCGAUCAACAAGCUUCAGUUCUUGACUAUAUCUAUCAAUGGGCUUUCGGAACACUUGACCACCAGGCUUAGGGGGUCUCAUCUUAGUCCUACCAUGUAUCAACCUGGUUAUGGACCUCAACCACUUGUAGAGGCCGUGAGUGCUAGCAGGGGUGUAAUCGAUGAGAACGCCAUUCGUCUCAUGCUGGACACUACCAUGACACCUUUUGGCGAUCUUCCAAUUUUGGGGGACGCAAACUAUAGCCCUUUCAAGCCGGCGACGCAUGGCCAAUUCCGAUUCACCAAACUCAACAUCGUUGAUAUGUUUGGUCAAGCUAUUUCUGCCAUUGACCCUGCCCGAGGUGUCCAUCCAGACCUUCGUCCUUACAUUAGCGAGUUUUACGCCUGUCAAGUGGAUGAGUCCUCUGGCUCGCCUCUUCCGCGAACGGUACAGCCCGCUGGCGCUGGACCUGAGGUCGGGGCUCAAUUUGCACAGAUGGGACCUGCCAUCAACCAAGAUUGUCGACUUAAUUCACAUUAUGUCAAGUGGGACGACGAGCACAAUGCGUGGGUUCCGGUCACAGAGUAUGAUAACCCUAUCUGGGGAUGGCUUGUCGUCAACUACGUCGAUAACGGUCUACAGGUAUUUUUGCCGAACGGGACAUUCUAUCGAGAGAUUCGUCUCGGUGGACCAGAUGGGACUUCCGAGGGCAUACGGGCGUGGUUGCCUUUCAAAGCCCCUGACGAUGAUUCAAAUAUCCCCCUGCAGCUUCGUGCACUCGUGCAAAAGCUGAAGGAUGCCAACUACCUCCAAGAAUUCUUUGACGUUAUGACUGGAGCACUAGACGAUACCAUGUAUGCCCCCAAUCAGUACGCAGGAUACCUUCCCGCGAUCACGGGUAAACCAUUCGCUCUCGUCAAUGCGGGGUUUUCUUUGGAAUUAUCUCAUCCACCCCAUGUCAAUCAGUCAACCAACGUCCCCGGCGGUGUCAUCCCUGAACCCGAUCUUGAAUCGUACGGCUUCCAAGUCAAGUUCGGUGACCCAGAUAGGACCUUCGACGGCAUCCUUGGAUAUUUCAGAAAUAAGUCAGUAAUGGAUUUUGACCUGGACAACUUCUACACUUACUUUCCUGGGAGCAAUGGAACCGAGAGCAUGACUGUUCUUAUCGAGCCGGACAAUUAUCCGGUACUGCGGCCAUUUUACAACUCAGCUGGUUCCGGCGGCAUUCAUGAUUAUACCGUCAAGACGCCAACACAAAUGUUGACGGAGUAUAACGACCAACUUCAAGUCUUUGGGAUGCUGGUGGAUCCGUUCACACAGAUCCAUGCAUAUACGGGCAUCCUACCAGUUCAAGUACUCCGUCUACCUGAAUGGGCGCUGGAACAAUCUCUGAAGAACAUCACCGCCUUCUUUCACCUGGGGCCAAUCAUCAUGCCUCACGAUGCUCCUUUGUAUGAUCCAGCACGGGUACUUACGUCCGGUUCAAGUCUAGACAACAUCCCUGCACCACCCGAAGGGACUCCUAAAUUCCCGGUACCAUCAGUAGCUAUCGCAGACUGGGCUUGGCUUCAGCCAUAUGCAGAGUCUGCAGAUGUUGACUCGAUCGCUUUCAACCCAUUCUCACUUGAUGCAGUCAGUAACAAGCCUGAGCUUGGAAGCACUCCAUACACUGCCGUCGAAGGAUAUCUUUACCUGAAGAAACCAAUUACUAGUCUUGACGUUUCUCCUCAGUAGCACUCUAUUUUUUCUCUAAGCGCUUUGUAUAAAGUAGCAACCCAUACAAUGCUGAGCCCGGAUUCCAAGUCUGUGUGUUCGAAGGAAGAUCCUGGCGCAAAGCGGCUGCGAGACAAGCUGGCCCAAGCUCGCAAUCAAGAGAUUCAGGGCAGCCGAAAAUUUCCAAUUGUUUUUCACAGUUCGCAAAGGCCAUGCAAGUGUGAUAUUACCUACCAACGAACGGGGAGAGCUUCGAUCUCCAGCCAGUGGGAUUAGGGCGUCGUCGAGCAAAUAGCGAGAUGGGGUUCUCAAUGGUGGUCCAGAGUUUGUGUCAUUUGUGUCAAUAAGGGAAAUGGUAUCAUGUGCCACAAUGUGAUCCUUGAUACAACCAGUCGCACUCAGGAACGGAAGGAAUAACUGGAAUUAAUCGCACCCGUGCUUUAGAAGUCGCGACUCGGCCUUAUCUCAGUGUAACGGACAAUCUACCUGGUACUUCCGAGUCGUUUUCACAUAUCUCAGCAUCCCGUACUGCAGGAGAUACCUUCAUCAAUACGUCAAGCAAAUGCACUCAUCCGAGGUGCGCAUAGGCUUAGUUGUCGGUGUCUUUCGGAGAACCUGGGUUGCGAAAGAGAGAUGUGUUAACACCAAGUGAGCCUAUAUGCACUAGCUGUAGGAUACUCGUCCGAUCAUACGGUCGAUUUUCCACCUAGUAUUGAAUUGAGAAUACGUAGAACGGAGGACCGGUUUUCACCCAGUGGACUGUCCGGUCGAUAAUCAGAUACGAAUUGAACUAUAAUCUGCGAAAGCAAUUCCGUCGAAAAUCGGAUAAUUGGAACCAACGUUGUCAAUGAGAACUUGCGAAGGAUGAAUUCUUGACUUAGCUUUCUUGCCGUGGAUCCC